AUGAUCAUGCGAUCGAUAUCUCGUGGGGUCUUGUGCCUCCUAGCUCUGACUGUGCCUGCAAUAAGCGCCUUUGAGGCGCCUCUUGUUACCCUCGACUAUGGAGUCUUCCAAGGCAGCUAUGACGCGACUUACAAUCUCUCUUAUUUCCGGAGAAUCCCAUUUGCAGCGCCUCCCACCGGCGACAACCGGUUUCGCGCUCCCCAGCCCCCACUGACCUUCUCGAACGGCACCUAUGACAGUGACCAGGCCUUUGAUAUGUGCCCUCAGCGCACCGUCAACGGCUCCGAGGAUUGCCUCUACCUUGGGCUCUACUCUCGACCUUGGGAAGUCCCGUCUGCGAACCGACCCGUGCUGGUUGUCUUCUACGGCGGAGCCUUCAUCCAGGGUAGCGCGUCGUUUGGCAUGCCGCCGAGCGCUUACCCAACCCUCAACGUCAGCACUCUCAACGACUACAUCGUGAUCUAUCCCAACUACCGCACCAAUGCCUUCGGAUUUCUCCCCGGCCAAGCCAUCAAAGACUCGCCCACCUCGGACCUCAACCCCGGCCUCCUGGAUCAGCAAUAUGCCCUCAAAUGGGUUCAAAAGAACAUCCACCACUUCGGCGGCAACCCGAACAACGUGACAAUCUGGGGCCAAUCCGCCGGUGCGGGCUCCGUCGUGGCGCAGGUGCUCGCCAACGGCCGCGGCCGACAGCCCAAGCUCUUCAGCAAAGCGCUCGCCAGCUCCCCAUUCUGGCCCAAGACCUACGCCUACAACGCCCCGCAAGCCGAAGCCAUCUACUCGCAGCUCGUGAACCUCACGGGGUGCGGUAGCGACGCCACGGUCACCGACUCCCUCCGCUGCCUCAAGCACCUCGACGUCCAAACCAUCCGCGACGCCAGCCUGAUCAUCGACGCAAGCCACACCUACACCACGAGCUCCUACACCUGGGCCCCCGUCGUCGACGGCGAGUUCCUAACCGACACCCUCACGGAAGCCACCGCGCGCAGCGGCAGCUCCCUCCCCACCGACUUCAUCUGGGGCAUGUACAACACCCACGAGGGCGAGAACUUCAUCCCCUCCGGCCUAGGCUCACCGACCACCACAUCCACCGGCUUCAACUCAUCGCUCGCAAGCUUCCACACCUGGCUCACGGGCUUCGUCCCCGGCCUCUCCGCCCACGAGAUCGACCUCGUCCAGUCGAGAUACUACCCCGACGCCGGCUCCACCGAGACCAUCGACACCUACAACUCCACCUUUGUCCGCGCCGGCCUGGUCUACAGGGACCUGGUCCUAGCAUGUCCCGCGUACUGGGUCGCGUCCGCCGCCCGCAGAGACGGGUACCUGGGCGAAUACACCAUUUCGCCGGCAAAGCAUGGCAGUGAUACCCAGUGGUGGAACCAAGUCAACAGCGUCCAAAAAUCCGAUCCCCUGAUCUACGAAGGCUACGCCGGCGCCUUCGCCAGCUUCUUCCAGACCGGCAACCCGAACGCGCACAAGCUGACGAACACGUCGGAACCGGGCGUCCCGCUGCUUCGGACCACCGAGGAGUUCGUGAUCACGGCUGAGGGGUUCGAGAAUGUAAAGCUCGCGGCCCUGGAGGAGCGGUGUGCGUUUUGGAGAUUAUGA